AUGGACCCUCAAGGUCCUGAGCGUGUGCAACAUGGAGACCCUUCUGUUGGAGAUGCCCGCGGUCUUGUACUAGCAGUCAUCGAUUAUUUGGCGAAAAAAGGUUACAGCAGAACGGAAGCAAUGCUUCGAAUGGAAUCCGCGAACCAAGAAAUCGAUGGACGUCCACUUCCUCCUGCUAGCGAAGAAUCGCGCCCAAAAUUCAAGUUGGCAUUUGAUAUGACAAGGAAAUGGAUCGAGGACAAUUUGGAUAUUUAUAAGCCGGAGCUCCGACGUGUCCUAUGGCCUCUGUUUGUCUACUCAUACCUUAAUCUCAUCACGUCCUUGGUACCACUGGAAGGUCGCCAGUUUUUCGAGACAAAUAAAAGCUUGUUUCUUCCGGAACACAGUGAAGAUAUUCGCGCUUUAGAGCCAAUAAGCCUCCCCGAGCAUGUACAGGAGAAUAGUGUCGCAAAGCUAUACCGUAACAAUAAAUAUCGCCUUACAUUGAGCAAUCCAGCCUUUUCAAACCUUAUGCAGUUCCUGGAGAGUAAGCAGAAGGAGGGAGGAACUGUCAUGUCAGCCAUUCUGAGCAGCUAUUGCACAAUAAUUACUAAGGACCGAGCGGCGGAUGAUCGGUUCAGCUUUGCUGCAAUGCUGGGAAGAGCGAACGAUUCUGCCGGGAUUCCUGCGGAGGAUGAAGGAAUACCAGGGCACCACCCUGGAUCCGCAUAUACGGGUGAUAAUCCUGCAAUGGCAGGAACACUUCCCAGACUCAAGCUUGGAAAACUGCCGAUGGAGCCACUCCUUGAAGGAGAUGUAAGAGCAGAACUUGAAGAAGCAGACACAAAAGACCCUCCAACGGGAGGUCGCCCAUCGCUUGUUCAACACUUUGAACAAAUGAUUAAAAAGGAAGAAGACGAGGAGGCUCCAACACGUGCUGAAAUACCAUAUCCGCCAUCUGUAGCCCGCGAUGUCGCCAUGGAAGUUCAAAAGGUCAAAGAAAACCGUGACAGAUUCAAAAUCGAAGGACGGACUGGGGGGGUUGGCCCCGCCAUCAGUGUUUGCAUGUUCACUUUUCACAAUACUUACGAUAGCAUCAAUUGCAUAGAUUUCUCCGGCGACAGUAUGUUGGUUGCCGCUGGAACCCAAGAUUCUUAUAUCCGCGUUUGGAGUCUUGAUGGUUUGCCGAUCCCAGCAACAUAUCAAGAAUUAGAAGACUCUCCGCCUACGAACUCCCAUCGUCUCUUUGGUCAUUCCGGACCGGUCUACGCGGUGGCAUUUGCCCCCUCAAUCGCCAGCCCGGAAGAGGAAGAAGUCAAAACGAAUACGCGCUGGCUUCUCUCAUCAUCAGCCGAUAAAACCAUCCGUUUAUGGUCACUUGAUCUCUGGCAAUGUAUGGUAGUCUACAAGGGCCACGCACAGCCCGUGUGGGAUAUCGCUUGGGGUCCCUAUGGCCAUUACUUCAUCUCUGGCAGUCAUGAUAAAACUGCACGCCUGUGGGUGACGGAUCGAAUACGACAGCAGCGAAUAUUCGCCGGACAUGAUCAAGACGUCGAUUGUGUAUGCUUCCACCCAAAUUCAGCCUAUGUUUUCACUGGUAGCUCCGACCAUACCGUGCGCAUGUGGGCCGUAACCACCGGAAACGCUGUUCGUAUGUUUACGGGCCACACUGGCAACAUUACCGCAUUAGCGUGCAGCAACAAUGGCAAGAUUCUUGCCUCAGCUGAUGAUCACGGCUCCAUCUUCUUGUGGGAUCUAGCGCCCGGUAGACUCUUAAAGCGCAUGCGUGGCCAUGGGAAGGGUGGCAUUUGGUCCCUUACCUGGAGUGCUGAGUCGGCAGUCCUUGUCUCGGGUGGCGCAGACGGCACUGUUCGUGUUUGGGACGUGGCAGGGCCAGCUCAGGAUCCGUCCACCGGUCAAGGACGUGUGAUAAGCGAAGGAGGUACGGGCACCAAGAUCGAUGCCGGAAACCCUACUGCCUCAUCGAACGCUCAAGCCUCGGCUGCGGGUGUUCCAAGUGUUGGUACAAGCACAACGAAGAAGAAAAGCAAAGAGGUUGUCGUAUCGCCUGACCAGAUAAGUGCAUUCCCUACCAAAAAGAGCCCUGUUUACAAAACACGGUUUACAGGAAUGAAUCUGGUCGUUGCGGGUGGCGCGUAUAUGCCAUGA